GCAUUGCUGUACUGGGCACUGUGCUCAGCUUGUACUUGGAAUUGCUGUACUGGGCACUUGGUUGGAGAGAGUAUACUCUGGGCAGAGAGAGCCUUGUGUCGGGGGAGAGAAGGUACAGCGUUUGGAGAUGGAUUCUAGGCUGCUGAGAGUGUUCUCCUUGCUGACUGUGCUGAGUUCAUUACAUGGAGCUCUGUGUGAGUUACAGGGUGCUCAUUCAAACAAUAUAACCAUGAAAGGCUUCCACAGUUUUGAUGUUGACAGCGACUUUGACGAAAUCCCACUUGAUGAAUUAUUUGGAUCUGGAGAAGGAUCAGGAACUGUUGCCAUUUCUCGAAGCCUCAGUCCUAAAAAUAUAGACCAGAAAAACGUAACAAAGGAAGCAGAGCAUUAUCUGUCCAGCGGGUGGAUGACUAUUUUUGUUCCAUCCGUAUACAUGUUGGUAUUCCUUAUGGCACUGCCACUGAAUAUAAUGGCAAUCUUCAUUUUCCUCGUCAAGAUGAAGAUCAGGAAGCCGGCCGUGGUCUACAUGCUAAACCUGGCAGCAGCUGAUGUAUUGUUUGCAAGUGUGUUACCGUUCAAAACAGUGUAUUAUUACUCAGGAAACAACUGGAUGUUUGGAGCUGGAAUGUGCCGUAUUGUCACCGCGGCCUUUUACUGUAACAUGUACUGCUCCGUCCUACUCGUGACGUGUAUCAGCGUGGACAGGUUUUUGGCCGUGGUCUUUCCAAUGCAUUCCCUUUCGUGGCGCACUUUGGGUCGAUCUUCGCUGGUCUGUUUUUUAAUUUGGGUGAUUUCCAUAGCAAGCACUGUACCUCUCCUAGUGACCGAGCAGACAAAAUAUAUAGCCAGAUUAGACAUCACCACCUGCCAUGACGUACUAGAUUUGAAAGACCAGCAGAAAUUUUAUGUUUAUUAUUUUACUGCUUUUUGUUUGGUUUUCUUUUUCUUGCCUUUAAUCAUCACCACUGUCUCCUAUAUCGGGAUCAUUAGGAGGCUUAGCUUGUCAAACAUUGAAAACUCAUGCAAGAAAACACGAGCUUUGUUUUUGGCUGUUGUUGUGUUCCUGGUCUUUCUAAUUUGUUUUGGGCCAACCAAUGUCAUCUUCCUAACGCAUUACUUGCUUUCCGCAGACGAGUCUCUGUAUUUUGCCUACAUCCUGUGUGUCUGUGUUAGCAGUAUUAGCUGUUGUCUCGAUCCACUCAUUUAUUACUACGCGUCUUCUCAAUGUCAGCGAUACGUGUGCAGUUUGCUGUGCUGUAAGAAGCUUCCUGAGCCUGGCACCAGUAGUACAGGUCAACUAAUGAGCACUGCGAUGAAGAACGACAAUGGAUCAACAAGUGUCAAAAACAGCAUCUACAGAAAACUUUUGACUUAAAACAUUAUUUAAAUUUUGUUUUUAUUUCACGCAGGUAUGUAAUCAUUGAUGUAUAGUUUUACCGCUCCGUGCUGGCCUCCUCUGGUCAUGUGACUGUACAAAAUGUCUGGUCUUCCUCGAGUAGAUCAGUUUCUACUACACGGUGAGAAGAAGGUACCUUUGCACCAAG